AUGGAUUCUUCGUAUUCUCUAUCUCAAGUGCGUUACCAAAAAAUUGAUCAUAUAAACUCUUCAUAUAUUCGUACUCCAUUUUCAGAGAGCUGUCAACAACGAUGUCCCCUUUUCUUACAAAACCUAUAUGAGGGAGACGUUUAUCAGGAAUGUCAAGUAAGCCAACAUCAACAAAGCUUAUAUCAAGGAACUUAUAGUCCUUUGAUUUAUCAAGGGUAUCAAACUCAACAAGAUCAAUAUCCAGAAUCUAAUAAUAUCACUACUUCAUAUCCUUCAUUUUUUCAACGGGAACCUGAUAAUCUGACAUCUCCAUUUCGGUUCUUGGAAGAACAAACCCAGAACCAAGAACGAAAUCAGGAAACUAUUUCCAUGUUAAUUUCCCUUCUUAAUGAAAAAGAAUCUCAACUUAAGGCUGCCAAUGAUAUCAUUAAUGAAACCAAUGCUGUCAUUAAUGAAAAAGAAUCUCAACUUAAGGAUGUUAAUGCUAUUAUUAAUGAAAAAAACACUCAACUUAAGGCUGCCAAUGCUAUCAUUAAUGAAAAAGACACUCAACUUAAGGCUGCCAAUGCUAUCAUUAAUGAAAAAGACACUCAACUUAAGGCUGCCAAUGCUAUUAUUAAUGAAAAAGACACUCAGCUAAAGGAUGCUCAUUACUAUCAUAAGUUUCUAGAAUCUUUACAAAAUCCUUCAUUCCUAGAGAUUAAAAAGAAAAAAAAAAGAAAACCAAUUGCAUGUGAUGCUUGCCGAAGUCGGAGAAGAGGAUGCGUUGGAGGUGAAAUCGGAAAAGAACCAUGCCAAUAUUGUAGUAAGAAUAAAAAGAUCCAAAAAGGCUGCUCUUAUAUGAAAGCACUUUCAAUAAGUUAUCAACCAGCACUGACUUUGAGAAAUGAACGAAAAUGA